UUUCCGCCAUAUUCAAAAAAAAAAAAGUAGAAAUCACGAGCUCCUUGCUAUUGUGGUAAGAGUUAUUGUUAUUAUCCAUUUCAUUAACCCGGAGCUGAACACCACGGGCCUGAGGCGUUACAAAUGGGUGAAACAGGUGAAAACCAAGCUCCCGCUACGACCUCAGAGAAACCCAAAAGACAACCGAGCUUCAGGAACUUGAAGAGGAAGCGUUCAGCUGAUGAAGAAGAGUCUCCCCUCGAGAACAACAACAGAGGUUUGAGACGGACAUUGGUGCAGCUACAUGAUGCUGAGGCUGUGGUAGGUAAUGGGAGGUCACUGCGAAGAGGAAGCUCCUUCACCUUCCUCACCCCGGGACCACAAUGGGACUUCAGUCUGAAGCGGAAGCGCAGAGAGAAGGAUGACAGUGAUGCAGUCAGCCUCUGCAGCUUCGACUUCAAGGAACCCAGCAACAAGCGUGUCCGUCCUCUCGGCAGGGUGACGUCGCUAGCCAACCUCAUCUCUCCGGUGAAGAAUGGGGCCGUCCGGCGCUUCGGCCAAACCAUCCAGGCCUCAUUCAGGGGCGAUGGCAAGUCGCCGGGCGUGCCCCAGAAGCCUUGCAGCAAGGCAGCGGCCCCAACACCGCCAAAAAGGAGGAACAGCACGCUGUGGUCGGAGACGCUAGACGUCCACCAGAAAGGAACUUUCUCCACCAAAGAGAUCAAGAGGCAGGAGGCCAUAUUUGAGCUGUCUCGUGGAGAACAGGACCUAAUUGAGGACCUCCAGCUCGCACGCAAGGCGUACCACGACCCGAUGUUGAAGCUCUCCAUUAUGUCUGAGGAGGAGCUCACUCACAUUUUUGGCAACCUGGACGCCUACAUCCCUCUGCACGAGGAUCUCCUAGCGCAGCUCUCCAAAGCCACGGGGCCAGACGGAACUGUUGGCCAGAUUGGACAGAUAGUCGUAAACUGGUUGCCAAGGCUAAAUGCCUACAAGGACUACUGCAGCAACCAGCUGGCAGCCAAGGCUCUGCUCGACCAGAAGAAGCAGGACCGGCGGGUGCAGGACUUCCUGCAGCGCUGCCUUGAGUCCCCCUUCAGCAGGAAGCUGGACCUGUGGAGCUUCCUGGACAUUCCACGCUCUCGCCUGGUCAAGUACCCACUGCUGCUCAAAGAGAUACUGAAACACACUCCACUGGAGCACCCAGAUGCUGCCGGCCUGGAGGAAGCAAUCACCAUCAUCCAGGGCGUACUGUCUGACAUCAACAUGAAGAAGGGAGAGUCUGAGUGCCAGUACUACAUUGACAAGCUGGAGUAUCUGGAUGACAGGCAGAGAGACCCUCGCAUCGAGCAGUGCAAGAGCCUGCUGUGUCACGGGGAGCUUCGGAACAAGAGUGGCACGAAGCUGCAUGUGUUCCUGUUCACCGAGCUGCUGGUCCUGACCCGCCCUGUCACUAGGAACGAGCGCCACUGUUUCCAGGUUUACCGGCAGCCAAUCCCAGUGCAGGAUCUCGUGCUGGAGGACCUGCAGGAUGGAGACGUCAGAAUGGGUGGCUCCUUCAGAGGAGCUUUCAGCAAUGCAGACAAAGCCAAGAACAUUUUCCGUGUGCGUUCCCAAGACCCGAGCCAGGCACAGUCUCACACGCUGCAGGUCAACGACGUCUUCCACAAGCAACAGUGGCUGAACUGUCUCCGCAGCGCUAUUUCCGUCCACCGGCCCCUCAGCGAGCCCUCCACUCCCACCCCGCCUGGAAGCGAUGCUCGCUCCAAGCGCCGCCCUUCCUCCGUGUCCGCCAUCGUCCACAUGGAGGAGACAGACGAGAACUGCCCGCAGCCGACCUCUCAGUCUGCACCCAGCUCGCCAUGCAGCAGCACAUCCCCUAGCCCCACCACAACGUCCCCUUCAUCCAGCGCAUCGUCGACAACGUCAAUAUCUUCGUCGACGUCACCCUCGCCCACGUCACACAAAACCAAAAAAGACAAGAAGUCUCUUUAUUCUUUAGGGAAGAGAAAAGAGACUAUGGUGUAAAGUGACGUGAAAGGAGAAAAUGGACUCCUGGGUGGACUUUUUGUAUAUAAAUGUCAAAAAAACAACGUGGAGAAGCGUGGGACUUGUAUUUAUGUGUGUAUGCGUGCGUGCGUAUUAUUACAACAGUGUUCUGUGUUACUGUCCUCUUCGGCAGCUAUUUACCUUACCCCUCCAUCCGAGUGCACCUCGCAGAGACUCAGUAUUCUGGAGAGAAGUGCACGGCUUCCACCAGCUCUAUAAAGGGAAGCAUAAUGAGAGGCAAACAUACGUUUCACAUGUGAAUCUGUGUGUCAUGACUUUUGAUUUCUUGAAGAUAGAGGUGGUGCAUUCAAUCCUGUUUACUAUUAAUUUGAUAUUUAAGCAUUAUUUUAGACCUUAUGGGGGGCUAAUGAAAGAUUUACAUUUUUAUAUUCUAAAAUUUAUGGUAGUAUUUUUUUAGGUAUCAUAAAGCAGCACUGUUUUAGCCUUAGGUGAAGUUAUUUGAAAAUUUGAGCAUGUUUAGUAGGCAAGAAAGGAAGAGAAUCCCCAUGAAUAAUGAGGUGUGAUACACAAAGCUACAAAAAUCGCUGUAAAAGUCUGAUUUUUAGAUCAAUCAGAAGAUGCAUCUUAUUUUUAUACAUUCCUUUAAAUCACAGGUGUUAAGAUCAAGAAACAAUUUUAUUUUUUGCAUUUACUGCAGUCAGAGGCAUUAAUUUAAAUCCAGAAACAGAUGAGAUUUCAGUUUCUCUCUGUUAAAAAGACAUCACAAUGAAUUCUGGUGUUAGAAGAUCAUCCGAUGUCAGAAUCAUAUUAGAGAAGUGAUGAGGAGUUUUGUUUUGAAACAAAAUUUUGAACUGAGCCAUGUUGGUUUUUUAAAAAGCUGACUUCUGAAUGAAACAUCACUUUUCAGUGUAGCAUCUUGCAUGGAGCUUUAGUUGUGGACACUGCUUACACCAGUAGAGGCAGCAGGAUGUAUUUAUUUGUCCUGAGGGAUGGGACAGUUAAACAUGUAAGAGACUAGUUGAUGAAAGUACGAGAAUGUUGUUGAAGGCUGAAGAGAAAAGAGUUAAGAUGGAUAAAGAAGUUUUGGAACUGAAAUGGAUUGUCAAUGCAAGAUGAUAAACUCCAUGGACUUUCUGUCAAAGUGGAUGUGAUAUCUUGCUUGUAGAUGGGUGAUUGAUGGUAAACAUCAAGUGAUGGAAAACAGUAUGUGGGGGAAGGGAGACAAAAAAGAAGGUUAUUGUAUGUGUGCACAAGGUGCUUUUGUUGUUAAGUUGGAUAAAAAGAAAAAGGGGCAACUUGUUUGCCAUGAACUAUAUGUUAAUAAAGAACAAUAAAGAUCUGUGUAAGAUUUGCAACUGAA